CAUACUCCACACCAAACCUUUGGAUUAAUCACCACCUUCAAGUUCACUUAUCAUUUACAUUUGUAUUAUAAAUGUCUUAGUUGGGCUUACGAAAAAGUUUUAGCCAUAUUUCCUAUCUCAUAUGCUAUUAUAAAACAUUUUAUGUGUGUUACUAUCCUAUUGGAACACAACGGAUGUGGGAAUAUUGACUCUGUACCCAUUAAUUUGUUCAUUUAGUAAGUUUUCCUACAUAGGUAGAAUGCUUAUAUGAAUAAACCAUAUCAUGUACGAAGAAUUACUUUGUUCCCCUCAUAACGCAUACCUCAAAGUCCACAAUCUGAAUGAAAGGAAUGUGUGACUUCAGCUGCAAAUUCAGUAAAGAUCCGCUGUUGUUGAGCGUCCCUUUCUCCUCACGUGACUCUAGCCAAGGGCCGGACCACCACGCCCACAAAUCUUUCUAACCCUAGACUGACUUCAGACUGCUUCUGGGAUAGUUGGGUCUCGGGGGCGGAAGAGAGAGAGCCCAGGCCUCGCCAGUCCCGCCUCUUAUCCGAAAGCAGCCAAUCAGCAGCAGCCUCUUGUGCGCGCGCCCUAACCGGCCAAGAUGGCGGCGUCCGUUGGCGCCUAGUCCCGUUUGUACUGUUCCUAUUUUACUUCUGCUGUGGCAAAAAUAUGAUCGGAACGGCCGGUGCAGGGUGGACAUCGGAAGGAUGAGUCGACGGCGGAAAUAUGGGGACAGCCCCUCCCCCAAGAACACGCCUCGCAAAACGGUGGCGGCCGAAGACGGCAGCUGGGUGGCGGAGCCGCGGCAGCGGCGCCUGAGAUCGUCCCGGGGCUCGGGGCUCGGCCCGGCGGGAGCCGCACCGCCCGGGUAUCCGGCAGCCGCCGCUCGCUGCGGCCCGAGCCAGGCCGAGGAGAGGUAUGAAACGCCAAGGGGAUCGUUGAAAGUGGAUAUAUUACCCUGUACCAUCAGUUCUCCAAAUGAUCCAGAUGGACAGACCGAUAUCUUUUGGGAUCAGAAUUCGCCAUUGACAAAACAGUUAGGUAAAGGAAGAAGAAAACAGAUUUACGUCACAGAUAGUGAUGAGAUUUCACAUAUUGUUAAUCGUAUUGCUCCUCAGGAUGAAAAACCAACAACAGACUCCAUGCUGGAUGUGUGGAUUGGUGAAACUGCUAUUCCUUGUACUCCUUGUGUAGCAAAAGAAAAAUCAAGAAGAAAAAUCAGCUGCACGAAGUUAAGAACAAAAAAUCGAGAAAAAGAACUUAUGAAAUUAGCCAAACAAUUUGACAAAAAUAUGGAAGAGCUAGAUGUGAUUCAAGAGCAAAGCAAAAAGAAUCAUGAUUUUAUCCAGCCAGCUUCUGAAAUGGAGAUGUUAUAUAAAUGUGAAAAUCAUAUGAAGUCAUUAUGUGAUACAAUUCCCAAAGCAGAUACUGCCGUAAUAAAGAAGACAGUGAAUGGAAACACCAGGAUAACUGUGGAAAAUGAUCAGAACAGCAGUCAGAAACCAUUUGACCAAAAUGCUGAAGCAGCCUUAAAUGCCAUUUUUGAUGGUUCUACUCAGAAAUGUAGUGGGCAGCUGAGCCAACAUCUGACAGAUGCUCUUGUGAACAACAGUGUUACUUGUGGAAAGCAAGAUGCUUUGAGAGAAGAAGAAAUCAUUACUAAUGAAACUCUGGUGAAAGAAAAACUGUUAAAUAAAAUCCCAGUGUCACUUAUUUCUAACAUAGAUAGUCCCAAAAUGACAAAGUCAUGUGUGACUCCCUCUUCUGAGGAUCCAAAAAUUUCUAAUAAACACAUUGACACAUUUACUGCUAGUGAUUUUGAGGAUGAUUGGGAAAGUUUACUGGGUAAUGAACCAUUUGCUAUGCAAAAUGUUGAGAUGCUUGAACUCUUCCCUUCUAAAACUGCCCAGAUUACAGAUCCCAAGGGAAUUUGUACCUUUAUUAGUAAAAAUGAUAAAACUAUGGCGAGACAGAAUAUAAAUCUGGAUACCAGGUUAAAAGAUUCAAAAUUAUUACAAAACUUUCCUUCAAAGACACCUAACACAGAACUAACAGAUUCUGGAGAAAAUAGAUUUUUACCAAAUCCAAACAAUCAAGACAGAAUUCAAGAUUGUGUAGUUACAUCUAAUCUGAGAAAACUGAAAGAACAGAGAGAUACUAAUUUCUCUUCUAAUGGACAUGCUUCUGAAAAGAAGUCUGCUUCGAACACAAGAUACCUUAGUGAAAAAGGACCGAUUGAUUCUUUCUGCUCCACAACUUUGAAUAAUGAAACUAAUAUUAGUCACUCAAAUCAGACUAAUGCAUCAUCAAAGUUGAGUUCUUUCUUUGAUGAUUGGAAUGAUCCAUCUCUUGCCAAUGAACUUAUUAAAACAUGUCAUCAAUUAGAAACUACCUGGGAAGCAGAUGAUGUGGACGAUGAUUUGUUAUAUCAAGCAUGCAAUGAUAUUGAAAGACUAAGUCAGCAACAAGAAAUAAUAAAGGACAGCAAGAUGUCUGAAAGUAUUAAAAUCAAUAAUAGUUCCAAACACGGUGCCAGAAACAUGUGUAUUACAUAUAAACCAGGCAAUCAUUUUGUGCAAUCAAAACAAUUGGGCAGUGUGUCAGUGCAUACAUCUUUGGUGAAUAAUUUGCAAAUAAAUAAAUCAAUGAAAAUGGAGAAAAGGGAAAUAUGUGUAAAUUCUCCACGUUUAUUGAAUGCUACAAGCCUGACUAAGUCCUCUAAGAACCUAAGCAAUUAUGAGAACAAUAAUCUGUGUGGCUCUUGGGGUAACAGUGAUACUCCAAUACAAGUGAAUAGUUCCAAAUCAGGUCAUCCAGAAAGUUCAACUUUGAAUGUAAAUUCAGAUCAUCCGAGGAUAGAAAUUUCUACUAAUAAAUGGAGCACUGAGCAGCUAUCUCAUUGGACCACAACAGAUGAAGCUUAUAACAAACCUGUGAGGUCAACAAAGUUUACAUUUACAAAGAAGAAAAACUCUCAGAUUCCUUCUCAAUUUAAUCAAAAUUAUAUAGCACAAAAUAUGUCUGCUACCAAAACUACACAGAGUUUAGAGAAAAGGAAAACUGUCAGCUCAUUACUUGGAGAGCCUGAUUGGCAGCAGACGUUGGAACUUUCUGGAUCUUUGAAACAUUCUCCUGGAGAGGAAGAGGAGAAAAAUAGAAAGUAUUCUCCUGAGGAAAUUCAGAGGAAAAGACAAGAAGCACUGGGUCGGAGAAUGGCCAAGUCACAGGCAUCAUCUGUAAAUUGAGCUCCCACUUAAUUUCUUUAAUGGGAUAUUGAUUGGAAGACUUUUGUUGAUAACUAUCUAUGAUAGGAAACACAUUUUUUUUUGGAUUUCUCUAUGAGAAAUUUAAUGCUGACUUUAUUAAGUUUGGACUUUACAUUAUUAUUUAAUAAAUCAGUAUUUACAAUGAAAAUGAAACCUGAAUUUCUUGGAGAUUUAUAUAUGAAAGCAGUUACAUGUAAGUUUUGGAAAUUCAUACAAAUGUACAAUUAUGUGCUGAGAUUAUACAGAGGAGAGUAUUUUAAAAUAUGGUUUGCAAAGGAUCAUCAAAAAAUAGAUAAUCUGCUUAAUUUUCUGCUUUAAUUUUUCCCAGUAUAAAACCUCAACAACUUAGUUGAAGAAAGACUAUUUUUAUAGUUUUAUUUUCAGUAACUGUUACUAUGGUUUUUGUAUGUUACUAAAUUUUAAAUAAAUAUUUUUCAUGUUUCUAGGAAAGUUUUUGGCAAGAAAUUAAGAACUUAAGUUUAUUUGUAAGAAAACUAAUAUUUUCAAUUCCUAGUCAGAAAAUUUGAGUUUUAAUUUCUAAAAUAUACUGUUUUUGAAAACUUUCCACUGGGUUUAGGGAAAACACUGAUGUAAAAUAUGUAGUUUAGAAAAGGAAGAUACAAUGUAAGAUUUAGAAGUAGUGGAUUAGCUAUAUAGUAGAACCAUUAACAUUUAGAAUUGGCAGAAACCUCGGGAUAUUAUCUGAACCAAUUUCUGAAUUGUGUGGGUGAGAACAUAUCUUGAUACUUUUUAAAGUAAAGUGCAAGUUAAAGCUGUACUUGUAUUAGAAUAAUGUUUCUGAACACCUAGAUCAUUAAACUAUUUGCUUCUAAAUAUUAGUGCAUAAAAUAAUUUGAUGGAAUAUUAAUUAUUUUAUAGAAAAAAUAUAAAACCACAUUAAGACCUAUUGGACAUUUGCUCAUUAUUUCUUGUUUUAUUUAAAGGAUUAGUAUUUCCAGGAUUCAGGAUGAGA